AUGGAAAGUGAGACUAAAAUUGUAAUAAAUUUGUGGAUUUUAUUGGCAGUAUCAAAAUGCAUAUCAACAGAAGAAAUUUUGCCGGAAAAUUUUUACCCCGAAGAAUGGGUUGUUAGAAUUGAAGGUGGUGCUCAAGUAGCUUCACUAUUGGCCCUUCAAUAUGGUUAUAAAAAUGUCGGUUUGGUUCUUGGAUUUGAUGAUACUUAUCUGUGGUACAGAGACGAAAAUACGAUAAGAAAAAGAGGCAAUAGAUUUACAAAGGACUUGACAUCACGCUCAGAAAUUAUUUGGGCAGAUCAACAAAAAAAUUUCACGCGGAGUAAAAGAGAUUUUGUGGAUAUUGUAGAUGAUGAAAAACCUCUGAUUCGUAAUAAGAGAAUUUUUUAUAUUGAUGAUAAUAAUUAUAAUGAACAAUUUUAUAAUUUUGGUAAAAAAAAUUAUGAUAAAUUGUUUAAUGAUGAACUGUGGAAUGAGGAGUGGUAUUUGCAAGACACGCGCAGCAAUAAAGAGCUACCGAAGUUAGAUUUGAACGUGCUCCCGCUUUAUCAUCUGGGGAUAACAGGUCGCGGGAUAAGGGUAGCUGUUCUUGACGACGGCCUAGAAUAUACCCACGAAGAUUUGAAAAACAAUUACGAUCCCUCUAUUAGCUAUGACGUAAAUGAGCGAGAUAACGAUCCAAUACCUCGCUACGACGUAACAGAUGUAAAUGCACAUGGUACGAGAUGUGCAGGAGAAAUAGCAAUGGAGGCAAACAAUUUAAAAUGUGGAGUCGGUAUUGCAUUCGAAGCAUCAAUUGGUGGAAUAAAAUUACUCGAUGGAGUCGUUAAUGAUCGAGUCGAGGGCGAGGCAUUGGGUUAUAAACAAAAUCUCAUAGAUAUUUAUACAGCUUCCUGGGGUCCCGCUGACAAUGGAAAAAAUCUUGAAGCGCCUGGAAGACUUGCCAGUGAAGCUUUGCAACGUGGUAUCAAUCAAGGUCGUGAUGGCAGAGGGAAUAUAUAUGUCUGGGCUUCGGGAAACGGCGGAUCCAAAGAGGAUGAUUGCAGUUGCGACGGCUAUGUCAGCAGCAUUUUUACAAUUGCUGUAGGCUCUGCAAGCCAGACUGGUAAAUUUCCUUGGUAUGGAGAACAAUGUCCUGCAACACUUGCUACUACUUACAGCAGCGGGGCUUAUCAUGACCAAAUGAUUGCAACAACGGAUUUAAAAAACAAAUGUACUACUCAUCAUACAGGAACAUCCGCUUCAGCUCCACUUGCUGCUGGAAUACUCGCUUUAGCAUUACAAGUCAACAAAGAGCUCACUUGGAGAGAUGCUCAGCAUCUUGUUGUCGAGACUUCAGAAUAUAGUCCACUUAAAAAUAAUCCCGGGUGGAUAAAAAAUUCAGCGGGUCUUUGGUUUAACCCGCGGUUUGGUUUUGGAUUAAUGAACGCAUACUCUCUGGUACUGACAGCUUCCAAUUGGACACGUGUACCCGAAAAAAUACUAUGUACCAUAAGAAGCUAUGAAAGUUCACAAAAUAUAGUUUAUGGUAAAUCUACGAUUUUAUCAUUCAACGUGAACAAGUGCAGGGAUCAAGAUUCAGAAGUAGCUUUUCUAGAACACGUACAAAUUGAAGUAACUCUUACGUAUACAAUUCGUGGCGCACUUGAAAUGUAUUUGACCUCAGCUACCAACACUAGAGUAAAAAUAUUGAACCGUCGAAAGCUCGACGAUUCCCAAGAUGGAUUUAAAAAUUGGAAAUUCAUGUCAGUUGCAACCUGGGGUGAAGACCCAAGAGGCACUUGGACUCUCGAAAUUAUUGACAAUGCAGGUCCGAUGUCUAAUAAUGGAACAAUCAAUGAUGUAACAUUAAUUAUUCAUGGAACUAAAGAUCCGCCAAGCUCACGUUUAAAUGGAAGUAAACGUGUGUAUAACAAUAAUUAUAAUCGGCUUAGAAAAAAAGAUAAUGAAGAAAUGGAAAUAAGUAAUAAAAAUAUAAGAGUUAAUAAAUGGAAUGUGGCAGAGAACGAGAUAAAUUUAACCAAGAAUUCAAAGCCCUUGAAACUCGUCCAGGUUGAUUGGCUCCGAAGACUUUUAUUCGGUUAAAUUAAUUGGAUUUAUUGUCCUAGAUCAUUGCUUUUCUCAUUUUAACCCCGUUCCAGUUCGUCUGCUGUUAUACCGUCUCCAUGUCUAGUCAAAGACGCAACAAAAUAGAAAUCUAAUGAAAAACUUUACCAAAUACGCUCAUGACACUCAGAACUAUGCUAAUAAAACUAAACUACUAAUAGUCAUAAUUUAAUAAAUUAAAUAAUAUAAAAUAUGUACCAAGUGUAUGA